UGAAAUUACUUAAAUUAUUUACCUACUUGCGACGCUAUGCAUUUAGAUUUAAAAUUAUUGUUAUAUUUAGACAAAAGACGAAUAUUAUUCGACAUGAAAAAUGAAUGUGAGGCUUUCCUGGAUCAAUUGAACGAGAAAACAGCUACAGCUGUUUGGAGCUUAGAAGAGGCUUGCACUCAUCCAGCACCACCUACUUCGCCUAUCCCUCCAGACAUCAAAGAAUUGUUUGCCGCGUGUGAUAAAAAACCAUGGAAGUUCAUCUACUGCCUUGCAUCCAGCAUUGGUGUACAAGUUAGCCCUUUCAACAGUUUCGUGAACGUCAAAAUAAAUCUAUUGCUAAGUUUGGUGAGUAUUAAAGCUAGAAAAUUAUGCGGUUCGGCUGUUUUACAUUGUUUAGCUGCAGGAUAUGAUACUGGUUACGUCGCAGAAAUAAUGAAGCAAGCAUGCCAGCUAGCCGAUUCAAAUGUUGUGUUAGGAGCAUCUAAUUCUUCCAUUGCCACUACUUUAAUAGGAGCUUCUGGAGGUAUAUGUGUUAUGCCUUUGCCAUUACAAGUUUACAACCAAAAGCAUAUACAUUCGAUUGUAUCAGCCAUUGAAACUGGCGAAAUUCAGCAUGACAUUAACAAAGUAAAAUUGAACUGUGCAGUGUGGGCGCAAGGGAUGGAUUUUAAGAAAAUAGUGCUUUACGAUAUAGCUAGAGUUUUCGGCACUGUUUGUCGCGGUGAUUAUGGAGAAUACACAGAUGAGUUAGCCGAUUUCAUUCUGCAACAAGCGAUAGAACCUCCAAAAACAACUGCUGUAGAGAAACAAGCUUUGAACGAUUUAUCAGUUUAUAUAGAUCUAGUAGGAGGUAUAAGAGUUUCUAUAGAUGAAGACACUCAAAAUCUCUUAAGUAAUUAUUUUCUAGCGGCUCGUAGAGAGAGAAACAAAGCUGUUUCGAUUGGAAACAUGGAAUCUUUAGUUACAGUCUGUGCUAUGUCUGCGAGGUUAUGUCGCCGCUCUGUGGCAAAUAUCGACGAUGCUGUUUUCGCUAUUUGGUUACAUGUAAGUGGUAUGCAAGAACCGAGAUUUGCUCCAGAAGAGUAUCUAGAGACACCUAACGAUAUAAAUAAGCUGAAUAACGUUAUCAAAAAGUUUGAAGAAUGGCUAGAAAAGUUUACUGAUUGUACCAUUAUUAAGUUAUUAACUGAAUAG